AUGCCGCAACUCUUCCCUGCCGACCCAGCGGCGACGAUGGUCAUCCGCCAAGUGGCACCGCAAAUUACCACAUUCAGUCUGCCAUUCGCACGAUUUGGGGUAAUGCGCUUCGGCGCUCGAGGAACACUGAUCAAGCUGGCCACGGGCUCCCUCGCGAUCUUCUCGCCUGUCAGCCUCACUACCGAAGUACGAGACACUGUUCAGUCGCACGGCGGCAACGUCAAGUAUAUUAUUGCACCUGAUCUUCAGCACCAUCUGCACGUCACAGCCUGGAAGAACGCAUACCCGGAUGCAAACAUUCUCGCACCGGAGGGACUGUGGGAGAAGCGACAGAAGGUUGCAGAGUUCAAGGACACGCCAUUUGAUCUUGUGUUUAAGAAGGACGGAUCGCGGACAAUUUCUCCAGAAUUUGACGAUGAAUUCGAGCUUGAAUACGUGCACGGACAUGGCUCGCGUGAACUCGUCUUUCUCCACAAACCCUCGCGUACUCUGCUUGAAGCCGAUCUUCUCUUCAACCUGCCUGCCCAUGAGCAGUACUCGAAGACCGAUGAUGGUAGCACUGCGAACUUCAUGACACGACUGUUUCUUCCUAUGUUGGCCCCCAAGCCACCUUCCACUGGACACCGACGCUUUGCCUGGUAUGUUCUGGCCAAUGAUAAGCCUGCUUUUACAGAGUCUAUGCGUCGCAUUAUUCGGUGGGAUUUUGAUCGAAUCAUUCCAUGCCAUGGAGACGUGGUUGAACCAGGUGCCAAGGGAGUGUUUCAGGAUGUCAUGGCUUGGUUUCUGAAGGAAGAUCAUAAGCAUGUCUGA